GACUAUUCCUCGAACAACAGCUUGAUAGCGGUUAGAAAUUGAGAGGAAUUUUAUUUCAGUUCAUAACAAGACGUGGUCGAAUAGCGUUCACUGUAUUCAUCAGUCCGUAAAAUAAUAAUGUAAUCUUAAUUCAACAAUGCAUCGAAUGACGAGGCUGUUAUCUAAGCAACAGAAGUUACUAAUCUUCCAACGAAACGCAGCUUCUGCUGAGUGCAUUAGAACAGAUUUAACUAUUAAUGAAAUGCCUCAUCCUAAGUCUAUGCCUAUUUUGGGGACGAAAUUAGAGUUCUUUGCUGCUGGAGGAGGGAAAAAACUACACGAAUACAUCGAUAACCGACAUAAACAAUUAGGAUCAAUAUUUUGCGAAAAUUUAGGAGGAAGUGCGGAUCUUGUUUUCAUUAGCGACCCCACACUUAUGAAGACACUAUUUCUCAACCUUGAAGGAAAAUACCCGGCACAUAUUUUACCCGAUCCUUGGAUACUGUAUGAGAAACUAUAUGGAUCUAAGAGAGGUCUCUUUUUUAUGAACGGUGAGGAGUGGCUUAACAAUCGACGCAUUAUGAAUAAACAUCUAUUAAAAGAAGAUUCAGAAAAAUGGUUAAAUGAUCCAGUUAAAGCGACUAUAAAAUCAUUCAUAAAUAAUUGGAAGACGCGAGCAGAGCAAGGGAAUUUUAUACCAGAUUUGGAAACAGAAUUUUACAGACUUUCUACUGAUGUUAUCAUCGCAAUACUUCUGGGCAGUAAUUCGUCCAUCAAGACAAGUAAACAAUAUGAAAUGCUGUUAUGUAUGUUUUCUGAAUCAGUCAAAAAUAUAUUUCAAACAACAACUAAGUUAUACGCAUUGCCGGUAACGUGGUGUCAACGCAUUAAUUUGAAAGUAUGGAGGGACUUCAAGGAAUGUGUUGAUAUGUCUUUAUUUUUAGCGCAUAAAAUCGUAACUGAAAUACUGAAUAGAAGACAUGAAAAUGAUGGGUUGAUUAAAAGGCUGUGUGAAGAUAAAAUGUCUGAUGAAGAUAUUAUUAGAAUAGUCGCUGACUUUGUUAUCGCGGCUGGUGAUACGACGGCGUACACUUCGUUAUGGACUUUGCUUUUGAUGGCUAAAAAUAAGGACUAUGUUAAUAAUGAACUUCCCAUGAAGGACAUAAAUAAUAUUAAACAUGUGGUCAAAGAAGCCAUGAGAUUGUAUCCUGUUGCUCCAUUUCUAACAAGAAUCUUACCAAAAGAAAGUAUUUUAGGACCUUAUAAAUUAAAUGAAGGGACUCCAGUAAUAGCAUCAAUAUAUACUUCUGGACGUGAUAUAAACAAUUUCAGCAGGCCAGAAGAAUUUUUGCCAUAUCGCUGGGAUAGAAAUGAUCCACGCAAGAAAGAAUUGAUGAAUCAUAACCCUUCAGCUUCACUUCCCUUUGCACUAGGUUCCAGGUCAUGUAUUGGAAAAAAAAUUGCAAUGCUGCAGAUUACAGAACUCAUGAGUCAGAUUGUAAAGAAUUUCCAUUUGGAGUGUUUAAAUAAAACCCCAGUUAACAUUUUAACUUCACAAGUAUUGGUACCAGAUAAAAAUAUUGACAUACAAGUAUCACUCUAUGAUUCAUCAAAAUUAAAUAAAAAUGAAUGUUGGUUGUAAACUAUUCCAAUUAACAGGCUACCAGUAUAAGUAGUUAUGAAAACAUUUCCAUGUGACAAUUCCACACUCCUUAGGAAUGAAAAGAGACAGUGAUCAUAAUUUGUCCACAAAUUCUACUUAUAAGAUUUAUAUUGGAAUGAAUAUAGUAAAGUUUAUUUUUAA